UGGGUUCAAAAGUGGUUACUUAGCAACCUAUGAAACAAACACAUUACCAGACAGAGCUAAUUGUUUUACGCUCAGAGAUGUGUAUGGUUCUGGGAAUGGAUCGUUUACUUAGUGAGAAGGAAGAGCGGGAAACGCUUACCUGGAUAGAUAAAAUACCUUUCUCCAGGUCCAAAAAAAACGUCAGCAGGGACUUCAGUGAUGGAGUGAUGGUUGCGGAGAUUGUUAAGCAUUAUUUCCCAAAGAUUGUUGAGGUUCACAACUAUAUUGCUUCCUGCAAGACGCAGCAGAAACGCAACAACUGGAACCUUCUCAAAAAGAAGGUGUUUUCCAAGCUGGACUUUUAUGUCUCAGAGGACAUGGUGGAGAAGAUUGUUUCAAGCACUCCUGGUGUGAUACUGCCAGUGCUGUUGCUCCUCAAGGAGAAGAUAGAGAAGAAACUGACAUUUUCAGAUGUAGAAAUUCAAAAGGCCGAAGCAGAAAUUGUGGCUGAACUGGAAAAGAUGAAGAUUACAGAGCCAACAGUGAAACCGCAUCAAGUGAUAUAUUUCACAGAGAUGAGCCUUUCAGCAACCCGGCAAGUCAUACUGGAAAAAGAACUUCAGAUUGAGGAACUUCAGGAUAUUCUGAAGAACCUCUGGGUGAAAGUGAGCACGUUGGAGGAGCUCAUUCAAUUGAAGGACAAGCGCAUUGAACAUCUGACAAGUCUUUCAGAGAUGUAUUAAACUAAAAUAAUGCUUGCCAGUCCGUGAGUCACCUCCGGCUAUUUUUUUUUUUCUUUUGCCACAUCGGUAUUUGUUUUAAGAUGUAAUUAUUAAAGAACAACUACCGUACAUGUCCAUCCUUCCUUUUAUUCUAUAUUCUAAACAUAUUUGGAUAUAAAACAUUGUACACCAAGAUGCAAGUUUUUGAUAACAUUUCAUCUUUUAAGCUUUUAUGUGACUUCCAUACACGUGACCAUAUAUUUAUAUGUGGUCACGUGUGUAUGUUAGUCGUAUGUGACUAUUUCUGUCUACAAUGUGGGGUUGUGAGGACCACUGCUCCUUGUGGCGACAUUUUCUUGGUCCCCAUGAGGGGAAAUGGUUUGUGACUAGGGUUUAUGGGUCUGUGAUGGUUAGGUUGAGGGUUAAGGUAAGUGUUAGGCUGUAGAAAAUGAAUGGAAGUCAAUGUAUCGUCCCCACAAUGAAAACACAACUAUGUGUGUGUGUGAAGUUAAAUCAAAGGAUGAUUCAAUGCAGCAUUUAAGGAUGCAUAUGCAACCUGAUCAUUGCAGCCUUUUUACAUUUUUCUCUAAAUCAGUUUUCUAUAUCUGUUUUUCAGAUAAGUUGUGCAAAAGUAAGCAAAAGUCCUAAAAUAGUUAUUCUGGUGUCAUUUGUUACAUUACAUAAACAUCCCAUUUUAUACUUCGCAAUUGUCUGCAACCACGGUGAUGGAAAGAUUGUGCCUUCAUUUGUAUUCCAUUUAAAUAAAUCACUCAAACUAUU